AUGGGUAAAGAACAGUUUCGUGAAGCCGACAAGGCUCUGAAAGUUGUCGGCGUUAAAUUCGCACCUGGAGAUUGCGAGUUCAUGAGGCAAACCGCUCAUGUUCCUAUCUUCAACAACAAAUUGUACGAAGACGUCGGAGGAAAACUACAACCUGCAAGUUAUGGACCUCUCGAUCCGAGAAUGUUCUUAUUUUUAAAACAUUUCCAGGGAGUUUCUACAAAAACAGGAAUCUGUGCGACAUGCGGGCUCGGUUUGACCGAUUGUGUCGGCCAUUUUGGUUACUUUGACCUGGACGUUCCAGUGUUUCAUAUUGGGUUUUUCAAGCUCACAAUUCAGUUGCUACAGUGUAUCUGCAAAUACUAUUUUCAGAACUGUUCAUCGAUUUUGCUGACUCCCGAACAACAUCGAGUGUUCUCUCGGCAAGUCAUGAACCCCAAUAUCGAUUAUUUGCACAGGAAAGCUCUCCAUAAACGAAUUGUUGCUGCUUGCAAGAAGAGUUCGACUUGCACACAGUGUGGUCUCAAGAAUGGAACCGUCAAGAAAGCAGUAGGAGCGGUGCUGAAAAUCGCUUUCGCCAGUCCAGUUCCAGCUGAUGAACUGGGAAAAUAUCAGACAGUUUUCAAUGCGAAUCAAGAAAUUGGGGAUCAUGUGAAGAAGAUGAAAUUCACACUUCUGAAUCCGCUAUUCGUUCAAAAGCUGUUUGCCAAUAUCAAGGAGGCUGAUAUUCCAGUAUUGAUGGUUCGUUCUGGAGAGGAAAAGCAUCCUAACGAUCUUCUAUUGACUCGGAUGCCUGUACCACCAGUUUGUAUUCGACCAUCAGUAGUUUCUGAAGUGAAAUCUGGAACUACUGAAGAUGAUGUCACGAUGAAGUUAAUGGAGAUUAUGCUUACUAAUGAUGUACUCAAAAAGCACAAAAGAGAUGGAGCGCCUGCCAAAACUUUGUUCGAGACUUGGGAGCAUCUUCAGGUAUGGUCUCUUUCCUUCGAGUAUCUAUACAAAAAAAAAUUCAGAUUCAAUGUGCUCUCUACAUUAAUUCCGAAAUGUCCGGGCUUCCUCCAGAUAUGCAACCAAAACGAGCAAUGCGUGCAUUCACUCAACGUCUCAAAGGAAAACAAGCGUGUUGAUUUCUCCGGUCGUACUGUCAUUUCGCCAGACCCGAAUCUUCGAAUCGAUCAAGUCGGAGUUCCAGUCCAUGUGGCGAUGACUCUCACUUUUCCUGAAAUCGUUAACGCGUCGAAUAUCGAUAAAAUGCGUAAAUUGAUUGUCAAUGGAAGCGACGUUCACCCAGGAGCUAAUUAUCUGGUUGAUAAAAAGACUGGGCACAAAAAGUUGUUGAAAUACGGAAAUCGAGAAGAGUUGGCCAAGAACCUACGCCUCGGAGAUACAGUAGAACGUCACUUGGAUGAUAACGAUGUGGUUCUGUUCAAUCGUCAGCCGUCUCUUCAUAAAAUCUCCAUCAUGAGUCAUCGUGCCAAAGUAAUGCCAGGGCGAACAUUCAGAUUCAACGAGUGUGCUUGUACUCCAUAUAACGCCGAUUUCGAUGGAGAUGAGAUGAACUUACAUUUACCACAAACCUAUGAAGCAAAAGCGGAAGCAAGUGAGCUGAUGAACGUGAAAAACAAUUUGAUCACUCCCCGUUCUGGAGAACCAUUGGUUGCUGCUAUUCAGGAUUUCAUCACUGGUGGUUAUCUUCUCACUCACAAAGAUACAUUCCUUCCUCGUGCUGAAGUCUAUCGCUUUGCUGCCGCUCUCAUUGACGCCUCUGCUAAGAAACAGUCGAAAAUUCGCAUCCCACCACCUGCAAUCAGACGUCCAGUAGAGCUAUGGACUGGUAAACAGCUUAUCGAACUGAUCAUUCGCCCAGACAAAGGAUCGCAGGUCUCUUUGAAUCUUACGGCCAAAAACAAGUCGUACUCAGGAAACUUGGAAUUAUGCUCUAAAGAUUCUUACGUUAUCAUUCGAAACUCUGUUCUCCUCGCUGGUGUUCUCGACAAGUCGCUUCUUGGAUCAUCAUCAAAAGUGAACAUUUUCUAUAUGUUGAUGAGAGAUUACGGAGAGGAUGCUGCUGUUGACGCAAUGUGGAGGCUGGCUAGAAUGGCUCCUGUGUUCUUAUCAAAUCGUGGAUUUUCCAUUGGUAUUGGUGACGUUCGUCCGAGUGAGAGACUUUUGCAAGAAAAGGGUCAGCUUGUGGAUAAUGGUUAUGAGAAGUGCGCCCAAUACAUUCGUGAACUGGAAGAAGGCAAGCUUAAAGCUCAACCAGGCUGUACUGAAGAGGAAACCCUUGAAGCUAUCAUCUUGAGAGAGCUUUCGACCAUUCGUGAUCAUGCUGGACAAGUUUGUCUACGUAAUCUCAGCAAGUACAAUGCCCCGUUGACUAUGGCAGUUUGUGGAUCCAAAGGUUCUUUCAUUAACAUCUCCCAAAUGAUCGCAUGCGUCGGACAGCAAGCUAUUUCGGGCCAUCGACCACCGGAUGGGUUCGAAGAACGCUCUCUGCCACACUUCGAAAGGAAAAAGAAGACACCAGAAGCGAAAGGUUUCGUUGCGAAUAGUUUCUACUCGGGACUCACACCAACGGAAUUCUUCUUCCAUACGAUGGGAGGACGUGAAGGACUUGUCGAUACUGCUGUCAAAACUGCUGAGACUGGAUACAUGCAAAGACGUCUUGUCAAGUGUUUGGAGGAUCUCUGCGCUUCUUACGAUGGCACUGUUCGCUCCUCUGUUGGUGACGUUAUUGAGUUUGUCUUCGGAGAAGACGGUUUGGAUCCAUCCAUGAUGGAGGCAAAAGACGGAAGUGUUGUUGAUUUCACGCACGUCUUGGAGCAUGCUAAAAACAUUCAGACCAAGAAGGAGAAACCGAUCCCAGCUGAGAAACUGGAUGAAGUAUUGAAGACGGAAGUUCAAAAACAAUUCAAAGAAAAGUAUGUCCACUUCGCCGAUCAAAUGAAGGACUAUCUCCUCCAGACGGAAAUCAAGAAGAGCAAGAAGUGGCAAGGUAUCCAGACACAUUGUGCGGAACAUGAAUCAGCGAAUGCGAAGACUAGAGAGGAGUGCGCCAAAUGUACCAACUUGGACACUUAUAGAACAUCUCUCUUGAAGAAUUCCUGCCUCACCAGAUCACAACUUCUCAGUUUCAUCCAGCUUUGCUAUUAUAAGAUUGCAAGAGCCAUAACUGAACCAGGAACCGCUGUUGGAGCUAUUGCAGCUACUAGUAUCGGAGAACCAUCUACACAAAUGACCCUGAAAACUUUCCAUUUUGCCGGAGUCGCUUCCAUGAACAUCACCCAAGGAGUUCCGAGAAUCAAGGAAAUUAUUAAUGCAGUCAAGACGAUUUCAACUCCAAUCAUUACUGCCUCAUUGUUGGAUCCUUAUGAUGAGUCGUUGGCAAGAAGAGUGAAGGCUAGAAUUGAGAAGACUACACUUGGAGAGAUCUGCGAUUACAUUGAAGAAGUGUAUUUGCCAGACGACUAUUUCUUGCUUGUGAAACUCAAUUCGAAACGUAUUCGUCUUCUUCAAUUGGAAGUUUCAUUGGAAUCCAUCUCCUACGCUAUUGUAACCUCGAAAGUGUGUCCAAUGAUGAGAGGAUGCAAGAUUAUUUCUCAUGGAAAGACAAUGAUGGCUAUCAGACCACCAUCGACGAGCAAGUUAAGCAAAACGAUGACAAUGCAAAUGCUCAAAUAUUCACUUGGAAAUGUUGUCGUCAAAGGAAUUUCCUCAGUGAAUCGAUGUGUCAUCCAUGCUGACGAGAAGAAAGGUGACUGCUAUUCGCUUCUUGUCGAAGGAACAGACUUCCGAUCAGUUCUCUCGUCGGUUGGAGUUGAUCCGAAGAAAACUAACUUCAAUAAUGCGCUCGUGGUUGCUGAGGUUCUGGGAAUCGAAGCGGCUCGUACAUGCAUCAUUAACGAAAUCAUUGCAACCAUGGAUGCACACGGAAUCGGUUUGGAUAGAAGACACGUAAUGCUUCUUGCUGAUGUCAUGACCUACAGGUGGGGGAAUGUUUCAUUUGAACGUUUCAAAGGCAAUAUAUUUUUCAGAGGAGAAGUACUUGGAAUCACUCGUAACGGACUUGUCAAGAUGAAGGACUCUGUUCUUCUGCUUGCUUCAUUCGAAAAAACGAUGGAUCAUCUGUUCGAAGCCGCUUUCUUCUCCCAGAAGGAUGUGAUCCAUGGAGUCUCUGAGUGUAUCAUUAUGGGAACUCCAAUGACCGUCGGUACAGGAACCUUCAAACUCAUGCAAAAGUACGAGAAGAAGGCAUUGCUGAAGAAAAAUACUCCAAUAUUCGAGCGUCCAGAACUAGCCAUCACUCUUUAA